UUUAUUUAUACUUCAUUCAGAUAUUCUACUUCAUAAUUUUUAUAUUAUUAUUAUUUCAUAUCGUUAUAAUCGUGACAAAUUGUGUACAGAAACCGCAGUAUAACUUUUAUCAGAGAUGAGUCGGUGAUCAUGAACCGAUCAACUCUCAUACAUACACAUAUGUAUGUAUGUACGUUUUUAUGUAUAAUUGAUAAUGUAACACACAGGUUAUGUUGCCUGAACCUGAGAUUGUGGACUCUGAUCGUCGGACGUUCUAUUUUCGUUUCGGCGAAAAGUGUUUAUUCCUGCCAGUCGUGGGCGCGCGUUACGCAUUAUAAUGCAUCUAAAUGCGUGGGGAAGUCACGAAACUGCUGUGAGAUAGUACAAACAUGGGCAGAAGAAAAUCUCACGGAUCGUCCAAAAGUAAACAACACGUUUCUCAUCAAAGGCAAUUGUCGUUGACGAAAAGAAACGAAAUAAAUGACUUGUGCGAAAAAUUGUUCGUCCUGAGCAUUAAUUCAGCGUACGUGACACAAUUAUGGGACAAUUAUGUGGAGAUAUCAACAAUUUUGGAGAAGGUUAAACGGUUGGAGGACAUGAAGACGGAGUCGCCGAAACGGUCCCAGGGGAUUGGACAAUUUAUAAAUUGGCUUAAAGAGAAUGGUGCGAAUAUAGAUGGUACAAGCGUUGCUGAAUUUCCUAAAUACGAUUUGGGAUUAAAAGCUGAAUAUAAUUUCCAAGAGAAUGAACUGAUUCUAAGGAUACCUAGAGCACUCAUUUUCAGUAUACACAAUGCAGCCCCAGAGUUGAUUGCUCUUCAAAAUGAUCCUCUGAUACAACAUAUGCCACAAGUAGCGCUCGCGAUUGCACUUCUCAUUGAAAGACACAAAGAGAAUUCGAAAUGGAAGCCUUAUUUGGAUAUUCUUCCUACUACAUACACAACUGUGCUAUACAUGACUGCUGCUGAUAUGAUUGAACUCAAAGGCAGUCCUACUCUAGAGGUUGCCUUGAAGCAGUGCCGAAAUAUCGCAAGACAGUAUUCCUAUUUUAAUAAGGUGUUUCAAAACAAUAAUAAUGCCGUGUCUGCUAUACUCAGGGAUGUUUUCACUUACGAGAGAUACUGCUGGGCAGUUUCUACUGUAAUGACCAGGCAAAAUCUAAUUCCAAGCGAGGACGGUGCACGCAUGAUCCACGCUUUAAUCCCAAUGUGGGAUAUGUGCAAUCACGAGGACGGAAUAAUUACCACGCAUUUCAAUAAAACGUUGAAUUGCUGUGAAUGUUAUGCUUUGAGGGACUUUAAGAAAGGCGAGCAAAUAUUCAUUAGCUACGGGCCUAGAACGAAUUCCGAUUUCUUUGUGCAUUCGGGAUUUGUUUAUAUGGACAACAAGCAAGAUGGUUUUAAAUUACGACUCGGAAUCAGCAAAGCCGAUUCCCUUCAAAAGGAGCGUAUAGAAUUAUUAAACAAAUUAGAUCUACCGUCUGUCGGAGAGUUUUUAUUGAGACCGGGAACGGAACCGAUCUCGGAUCUGUUAUUAGCGUUUCUGAGAGUGUUCAGUAUGCGAAAAGCGGAACUGGCGCAUUGGAUUCGGUCUGAUCGCGUUAACGAUUUAAAGCACGUGGACUGCGCGUUGGAAACUGUCGUCGAGGAGAACGUCAGAAAAUUUUUGCUCACCAGGCUGCAACUGUUAAUUGCUAAUUAUCCGACGACUCUGAAGGAAGAUCUGCAACUACUUGAAACUACAUUACCCCAAAUCAAGAAAUUAGCUAUUCAACUAAGAGUAACGGAAAAGAAAAUACUGCAGGGUGCGCUCGAAUACGUGGAACAGUGGAUCAAAGCUUGAGAAACUGGAACAGUGAAUUUUACUGCGCAACGAGUAGGGAGAAAUUUUUAUUCUUAUUCCUAAAAGAAUUUUCUAUUAAUUUAUAGAGAUCUGAUUUAAAACUGUGCUGUUAAAACGGGAGCUCGAAACUUAAUAUUCGAUGAAUUCGUACACAUUUAUAAUGCCGGAGAGAAUAAUAGGGAGCUAGACGUAUUUAUAUAAAUGUAUCAACUGCCCUAUUACUGUGCUCGGCAAUAUAUCAUUGAUAUUAAAAACUAAGACGUGGCGAGCAGAUAGAAAAGGGAGCAAUGGUGUAAAAUACAUUACAGUGUAUAAAACAUUGACAGAACAGACUAUAUAUAUUAUGUAUGUGUAUUAACAAGUAUACAAUGCAACAUAAUUGCGUGUUCCAUGAUCGUACAUUGUGCUGAUGACAGACGCGCUCUUGUUUUCGAAGGAUGAAAACUUGGCGAGUUCACGUUUUUGACGUUAAUCGAUGUUUCUUCCUAUCAAACAGAACGGUUCGCGUACGUCAAUCGAGUUUUCAAUCCUCGAUUACAAAGCUUAAACGAAUAUACAAUAGUUUUAUUUCAGCUUUGAUAACGAAAGAACGGAGAAAAUAAGAAUAACGUGUACAAACGAAAUGUUACUAUUCAAUGAAUAUUUAUUUUUUAAAGAAGAUAGUUAAAGAGAUCUAAUUCAUUGCGUAAGCUAUUGUGCGAUAUUAUACAGGCCUACAAGAAAUCAGACUUAUAAACGACUGAUACGCCGUUAAAGUUUUAUCGAUAAUUGUGUGUCGAAUCCUAACAGUACGUAUGAAAAGCAAAAUGACGAGCGAGUUCAAAGAAUACUCCUCAGCCACUAGACUUAUUGUAUCAUGUUCACCCUUAAAAUUAAAUGCGAAAACGAAUAAAAUACGCUUAUAAAUCAUUGGUAACCACAUAUUAUAUAAAGAAACAAAUAUGUCAACGUAAUUUAAAGAAAACUAUAUAGAAAUCAAUUUAAUCGCGUAUAACAUAGACUAAUAACAAGUUAACAAAAAGCUACAGCAGGACUGAUAGCUAAUGCUUUUUUCCAUAACAUUAGGGCAAACAUGAUACAGCUGAAUAUAAUGCCACAUUAACUUAAAAUGGAUUACAUUUUCUUCUAAUACAGAACGCAGAAAAUGCA